GGCGGCCCCCGCGCCGCAGCCCGGCCCGGGCUGCUGUGGUGCGUGCGGGGAGCCGCGGGGCUGCGCGGCGGGGGAGAUGUGCGCGGGGCGGCUGCGGCCAUCGGGGCGGAGGAGGAGCGGCAGGCAGAGUACAACGCUUCAAAAUGCUGGAGGUUAUUUGGGUGAAUCUAGACGUGACAUUUGAUGUGUUUGCGUCUUCAGGAAUUCUGCGUUUCAGGAGCUAAAAUAUUUUAUAACAAUGAAGUUGGAUACCUUCACUGAUCUCCGAGUUAACCACGUCCUGUGAGUUCAGACAUCUUCCGAAGAAGGAGGAGAUUCAUCAGACACGUGGACUUUUGUUGUUUCCUAGGGAUACCCUUCUCCCUUUUUUUUUUCCCCUUUCAUUCUGAAAGACUAUCUGCAUGAAGAUGGAUUUGCGUUUAGCAUACAGUCUGUGGAGUUAGAUGAGAGAGGACACUGUUCAUGAAUGACCGACGUUUAUUUCCAUCUGCGUUUCCAGCUUUUUUUCCUAUUUUUUAUUUUUAACACAAAAAUGAAGGACAAAUAUAAAACAACAGAGCUGGUGUAUUUCUCUGAGGCCUUUAUGUAAGCCCCUGUUGUCUGGACCUGGUGCUAAAGGAAGAGCAUUCUGCUUCUGAUCAGCUGAUUGUGGCUGUGCAAAGAGAGCCUUUAAACUGAAACAACUUCCAGUUUCUGGCUUGCACAUAAUGAAAGGGAAUACGAAUACGUUUUACUGGUCAGGGGUGUUUUACUGAAUGAAGAAAGGGAACGUUAGAUUAUCCUUGUUUUAAUUUCAAACCAAGAACUGACCACAUUUUUCUUAGACUUUGACUACUAGGGAGAUCUCGACAGUUUAAAUCAAGUCAGAUGUCAGCAAACGACUCUUCUCCCCCAUCCUUACAGAAGUUUUCCCCACCCACAUGUCAUGCUGCUGCACCACAAACACCAAGUUUGUCUUCGAGUCCCCUGUCGGGGCUCUCCAGCCGCCUCUCCAAUGGCAGUUUCAGCACACAGAGCCUCACCAACUCCCGGGGCUCUAUGCACGGGGUCUCAUUUCUUCUGCAGAUUGGUCUCACGCGGGAGACUGUCACCAUUGAAGCUCAGGACCUGUCCCUAUCUGCUGUUAAAGACCUCGUGUGCUCUAUAGUUUACCAGAAGUUCCCAGAGUGUGGUUUCUUUGGCAUGUAUGACAAAAUUCUCCUCUUCCGGCAUGACCUGAACUCUGAUAAUAUUUUGCAACGGAUUACAUCAGCAGACGAGAUACAUGAGGGUGAUCUUGUGGAGGUGGUUCUCUCUGCUUUGGCUACAGUUGAAGAUUUCCAGAUUCGUCCUCAUGCACUUUAUGUGCAUUCCUACAAGGCUCCUACUUUUUGUGACUACUGCGGAGAGAUGCUGUGGGGUUUGGUACGACAAGGACUGAAAUGUGAAGGUUGUGGAUUAAACUACCAUAAGCGGUGUGCCUUCAAGAUUCCAAAUAACUGUAGUGGAGUGAGAAAAAGGCGUCUGUCCAAUGUGUCUUUACCAGGAGCAGGGCUUUCAGUUCCAAGACCAGCACAAGCUGAACACACAUCCUCUGCUUCUGAAGAGCGUUGCUGCCCAGAACCUAGUAAAAGGAUUCCCUCCUGGAGUGGCCGUCCUAUCUGGAUGGAGAAGAUGGUGCUUUGCAGAGUGAAGGUUCCCCACACCUUUGCUGUUCAUUCUUAUACUCGUCCCACCAUAUGUCAGUAUUGCAAACGGCUGCUCAAGGGCCUUUUUCGACAAGGAAUGCAAUGUAAAGAUUGCAGAUUCAAUUGUCACAAACGCUGUGCAUCUAAAGUACCUAAAGAUUGUCUUGGAGAAGUGGUUUUCAAUGGAGAACCUGCUAGCCCAGGCCAGGAUUUGGACCUGCCAAUGGAGGUUGAUAGCAGUGAAAUGAAUAGUGAUUGUAGUCGGGGUCUGGAUGAUACUGAGGAGUCUUCAACUCCAGAGGAUAAAAUCUUCUUUAUGGAUCCAUCUGACCUUGAUACAGACAAGGAUGAAGAAGCUGUCAAAACCAUCAGCCCCUCAACAAGCAAUAAUAUUCCUCUCAUGAGGGUUGUGCAGUCCAUCAAGCAUACAAAGAGGAAGAGCAGUACGAUGGUGAAGGAAGGAUGGAUGGUCCACUAUACUAGUAGAGACAAUCUGAGAAAAAGACAUUACUGGAGACUGGACAGCAAAUGCCUCACGCUAUUUCAAAAUGAAUCUGGAACAAAAUAUUACAAGGAGAUUCCGCUUUCAGAAAUUCUCCAGGUGACUCAGCCUCGAGAUUUUUCAAACAUGGUGCAGGGCAGCAAUCCAUACUGUUUUGAAAUCAUCACUGACACGAUGGUGUACUUUGUUGGCGAAAACAAUGGCAGCAGUCACCACAGUCCUGUUCUUGCUGCCACCGGAGUUGGACUUGACGUAGCUCAGGGCUGGGAGAAAGCCAUUCGUCAGGCCUUGAUGCCAGUCACUCCUCAAGCUAGCGUUUGCACUGCUGCAGGACAAGGAAAAGAUCACAAAGAUUUAUCACUAAGCAUCUCUGUUUCAAAUUGCCAAGUCCAGGAGAAUGUGGAUAUCAGCUCUGUGUACCAGAUAUUUGCUGAUGAAGUUCUGGGUUCCGGUCAGUUUGGAAUUGUAUAUGGAGGAAAACAUAGGAAGACCGGAAGAGAUGUAGCUAUCAAAGUCAUUGACAAGAUGAGGUUUCCAACCAAGCAGGAAAGUCAGCUUCGUAAUGAAGUUGCCAUUCUCCAGAAUUUACAUCACCCUGGCAUUGUGAAUCUGGAAUGUAUGUUUGAAACCCCAGAACGGGUCUUCGUUGUGAUGGAAAAGCUGCAUGGUGAUAUGCUAGAGAUGAUUCUUUCCAGUGAGAAAAGUCGACUUCCAGAACGAAUAACCAAGUUCAUGGUCACUCAGAUACUUGUUGCUUUGAGGAAUUUACACUUCAAGAAUAUUGUGCACUGUGAUUUAAAACCAGAAAAUGUACUACUAGCAUCAGCAGAGCCAUUCCCUCAAGUGAAGCUGUGUGAUUUUGGCUUUGCCCGUAUCAUUGGUGAAAAAUCUUUCAGGCGCUCUGUGGUGGGGACACCUGCUUAUCUUGCCCCUGAAGUGCUCAGGAGUAAAGGUUACAACCGCUCUCUAGACAUGUGGUCAGUUGGAGUUAUUGUCUAUGUGAGCCUUAGUGGUACAUUCCCAUUUAAUGAAGAUGAGGAUAUAAAUGAUCAGAUUCAAAAUGCAGCAUUUAUGUACCCACCAAAUCCUUGGAAGGAAAUCUCUAGUGAAGCCAUUGAUUUAAUAAACAAUUUGCUUCAAGUCAAGAUGAGGAAACGUUUCAGCGUUGACAAAUCCCUUAGUCACCCGUGGUUACAGGAUUAUCAGACUUGGCUUGACCUCAGAGAGUUUGAAACACGCAUUGGAGAGCGUUACAUUACCCACGAGAGUGAUGAUGCACGCUGGAAGGAACAUGCAAAUGAACACAACCUUGAAUACCCCCAGCAUUUUAUUAUGGCUCCGAAUCCAGAUGACAUGGAAGAGGACCCUUGAUUUAUUCAUAUUGCUAAAUUGCAGCAAAGCCUGACACUCCAGACAGAAACUGAAGAUAAGUUUUGGAACAGUUGUCGCUCUGUCUGAAUGCUUUACAUGUAGUUCAGCGUACAGAGCCUCAGAGGAUCCUGUGUUGAUGUGGGGAUAGACUGUUACCCGACAAGCUUUUCUCCGUCUCUCAUCUAAACUAUGAAUAGUUAUUGGACAGUGGGAUAAACCCCAUUGGGUAACGCUGCACCCAGCUGUAUGGCUACAAAGCCAUUUCUGAAGUGUGAUGUGUACAGAUGGAAUGCUUUUGCGUUUUUCAAGGUUUCCAUAUUUUUUUUUUUUGUAGCUUACACAAUAAGACUUUUGUUAUGGUUUUCUAAUCCCUAUUUAUCCCUAUUUACUAGGCCAUAGAGGACUGUUUUUUGUUACUUAGAUACAUCUCCUGUUUCUUAGACUGUGCAUUGUGAAAAGAGAUUGUAAAAGGAUAUCAGUGCAGAAUACCUUGGCUAGUAGAAAAACAUGGCGGCUCAAGGUUGAAUAUGGCUUCAUAGAUGAAGGAGUAAUUUGCUGCUGUUAAGACAGUUGGGUGUGUCUUUCUUUGCCCUAACUGAACUUUUUCCAGAUUCAAAAAAAUCCCAGAAAAACGUGCAACUUCUUACAUUCCUGUUGAAAUGCUGGCUGACAAUCUGAGAAGACGACAAUCAGAGCAGUGCUCAUCCUGUGUUCUGUCUGUUAGAACAGAGCAAUAAGCCACAGUAUUGUGUUGCUAUGCAAGGCUGGUGCAUGCCAUUGAUACGCACCAAAGGCACUUUGCCUUAAAACUACAUCAGUAGUGCAGAGAGCACACAAGACUUGAUGUAGCUUAUCCUUUCUCUCUGGAAAAAGUUUAUAGAAGGAAGAUUUUGAAAAACAGGGAAAAACAUACGCAGCUUUCUUCUGUUGUUUGGAAUAACAACAUUUUGAAAUUUUCUAGUAUUUUUCUACUUUUAUAAGGUUCCCUCAACUAACAUCAGAAAUAGUUUGUAGCUUGCUAGCUUGUGUCUUAAUUCUGUUCCAUGCUUGGGUGUGUCAAAAUCACCUGUUGCUCCCACCAGGGCAUCUAGACUGCAGGAGAAAGGGCUUUGCCUUCCCUCCAACCUUUACCUGCAGCCUUUCCUGUCCCUGUUGUGCUCAGAACUGUUUAGAGCUGAAUGGAGAGUCCAAAACCAACCCCUCAUUCAGUUUCUUCUGCAGAUGUCUCAGUUGAUGGAUUCCCAACUAUUUACUGGACUUUUGCAGCAAUAUUCUUUGGAAACGAUUCCUUAAGAGCAUAGAUAAAAUUCACUGUAUUUCAGGGAAGUUGGAGACCCUGAGUGCUAAAGGCACAUGGAACAGGGGUUUUCUCCUCACCUAUUAAAAAAAGUGGGAAGAAAAAGA